UAAACCAAAAAACCUGAUAGGAACUACCGCACUCGUCCAGCGUCGCGACGGAACUCUUUUGCUGCAACACACAACCCGUCUGGUGCUGUUUAGGAUCCUCAACGGCGGGUUUCAUGGCGGGAGGAGAAGCAACAAACGUGGACCUCAGCAGGAAGUUUGUGUCCGAGACAGAGCUCGAUGAGAAGAGGAAGAAGAGACAGGAGGAAUGGGAGAAAGUCCGGAAGCCUGAGGAUCCGGAGGAGGUGCCAGAGGAGGCGUACGACCCACGCUCGCUCUUUGAGCGGCUGCAGGAGCAGAAAGACAAGAAGCAGCAGGAAUUUGAGGAGCAGUUUAAAUUCAGGAACAUGGUGAGAGGUUUGGAUGAGGAUGAGAGCAGUUUCUUGGAUGAAGUCUCGCGGCAGCAGUGCCUAGUGGAGAAGCAGCGGAGGGAUGAGGAGAAACAAGAGCUGCUGGAGUACAGAAGCGCUUUAGUGAAGCAGGUGUCUUCAGAGAGCCGCCGAGAGCCAGAGAAGAAGUCUGCGCCCAAAGCCUCAGCGACGGAGUCAAAGACCAGCCACCUGUCUCAGGCACAUUUAUUAGUCGGGGCUGUCAAGAGACGCAACUCGUCACAAUCGUCAGAAAACAGCAAGAAGCAGAAAGUGGACGGAACGUCGGAAGCAUCUGCAACAGGAAACGGAGACAGACUUACAGAACAGGAUGCAGAUUCAGCAGGAGGAAGAGGAAGGACGGCGGGCUCUGAGGAUCAACCUGCCGCUCCCACGAUGACCACGGCCUCAGCUCCCUUGAACUCCCCUCAGGGCGUCCUGCACCUGCCGUCUGCCGCCGUGUGCGUCGGCGUUUUACCGGGACUCUGUGCGUACUCUGGCAGCAGCGACUCGGACAGCAGCUCGGACAGCGAAGGUAGCGUGGACGCAAUCAUGUCGCCGUACCCGCGGCACAGCAGGGCCUACAGAUAGAAACACAACCGCUUUCACAAACGAAACCGUCUUUCAGAGCGGACGACCCGACACACCACACACAAAUCUCACACAGCCACCACUUUGGAGCGAUUAACAGCUCCGUUUUUAAACCAAAUCUGUUCAUUUGUUUGUUUUGUGGCUCUCAAAUUUUCCUUCAAUCACGUCUCACAGUUUAAUCGAGCCACCAAUCCCGCAACUGCCUCCCCCGACGACAUCCUGACCCUCACCGCGGCAGUGACUGACAGCUGCGGAGCGAGGAAGACUGCGUUAGACGGUCAUGACGCUCACCUCGCAGCUGUGAGCAGCAGAGGAGCGCCACACGCGCCUCGCUGUCGCUUCGGUGGAGCUCAGAGUCAGGAGGGUUUGGAAACUCUUUAUUUUGACUUUUCAUGUGUUUGUGAGUCUGGAGAAAUGCUCAACUCUUUGCUGCUGUCUCUGAAAAUAAAGUUCUCUCUGUUGUC